CCAUCACCAGAUGAAGGGCAGAAAAAAAAUCUUUAAUUAUUUGUCGAUCAAAUCCAAGAUAUGUCAUCAGAUUCUCAGACUGCCUGCUCUUAAGUUUAUUAAUCCAUCAGUGUGUUAUUUACGUUUGCAAUCCUCUUCCUCCAUCGAAGUCGAUCUCUGCGCUGAUGUUGAUUGGGCACGUCACGCAAGUCCAUGAGAUCGAAUCGAGUCCGGUUGCUGAACCACAGAAUCAUCAAGGACCUAACAGACGGCGGUUUCUUCGAGCAAGCCCUCCAUGCUUACCGAUGUCUUCGUCUUUCCGACGUAAAGCCCGACAGAUUCACAUUCACGUAUGUGCUCAAGUCCUGCGUCGGCAUUUCAGCUAUUGAUGAAGCGAUGUCGAUCCACUCCCACAUCUUCAAGUGUGGUUUCGUAUGCAAUUUGCUUAUCACUAAUUCCUUGAUAGAAGUGUAUUCUAAUUUUGGCGCGUUAAGCUCCGCCCGGCAGUUGUUUGAUGAUAUGCCUCAGAGGAACUUGGCUUCCUGGAACUUAAUGAUUUCUGGCUACGGGAAGAACGGUCACUAUAAGGUAGCCUUGGAGCAGUGUAGUUAUAUGAAGCAUGAAGGAUUAGUAUUAGAUAAAGUGGGCGUAAAGAUUGUUCUUCCGAUAAUUGGCCAUGUGAAAGCCUUUAGUCUGGGUAAAUGCAUUCAUGCUCAUGUCAUCAAUACUGGUUUAUCUAAAGACACAGCUGUAGUGACUGCUCUUUUAGACAUGUAUUCGAGAUGUGGAGAAUUUCGUGCUUCGAGCCACCUCUUUGAUGAGAUAUCGCACAAGGAUGUCAUAUGUUGGAAUGCAAUGAUCACCGGGUACUCUCAACUUGGUAAACCUCUUUUGGUUCUUGAGCUCUUUAAGCGAAUGCUGUUCGAAGGCUUCGGGCCAAGCAUUCCUACCAUAUUUCUUCUACUUCAUGCUUGCACUGUUCUAUCUGUUAUCCAAGUUGGAAAGUGUAUGCAUGGCUAUAUCACAAAGCUUGGUUUCAGUUCAGAUGUUUCUGUAAGCGGACUUCUGAUAGACAUGUACUCUAAAUGUGGAGAGUUGGGUUCUGCUUCUCGUGUUUUCAGUGAGUUGUCCAGAGGGAAUGUUCAUUCAUGGACUUCCAUGAUUCAUGGUCUUGGCAUGCAUGGAUAUGGUAGGGUUGCUCUGAUGGCAUUUUUUAAGAUGGUGAAGAUGGGCAUUGUUCCUGAUGGCAUCUGCUUCCUUGUCUUGCUAGCUUCUUUCAGCCACUGCGGAAUGAUGGAGGAAGGGCAUAAAAUAUUCUAUUACAUGGUAUCACAAUAUGGUGUCCAGCCUAGUAUGGAGCACUAUGCAAGCAUAGUUGAUCUUUUUGGGCGGGCAGGAUACAUAAAUGAAGCAGUGGGGUUUCUAUCGCAGAUGCCAAUAGAACCGGAUAGCACUGUCAUGGGGGCUUUACUUAGUGCAUGUAGAAUUCAUGAUCAUAAAGAGACGCAAGAAGUAUUUGAGAGGUUCUUCGAACCAAAGUGGUCAGCUGCAGGUCUCUACAAGGUCUUGUUGGGCAUUCAUGCAUGCAGGGGCCGUUGGGAUGAAGUCAUUAAGAUCAGAAGGUUGAUGAAAGAGAGGGGCUUAAAGGGUACCUCCGGAUGUAGUUUGAUAGAAUUAAAUCCAUGAAGUUUGACAAUGAUUUCAGAAUUUUAUCACAUAUUUCUCAUGUGAUGGAAGCUGAGACAUUUAAUUUAGUUUUUUUCUUCUUCUCAUUUAUCCUCUUCUUCCUGACACAUAGAUUAGGUAAAAAAGAAGCCGAUAGAAAACCCAAAGAACUCGUGUUAAGAUCAGGUUCAUAUACAUGUUCUAGAAGAGCAAAAUUCAAAUUAUAAUGUCAGGUUGAACAGUUAAGCUAACUUUUAAUUUUAUAAGAAUCUGAUGAAGAAGAUGCUGAACCAGGCUCGAAUGGGGCACUGUUGUUGUCAUCUCACUUGUUCUGGAUGUAAAUGCAUUGGGAAGGUUGCCAUCCUGAAUCUUGAAGCUCAACGGUGACUGAGCUUCCAGAUGGAAACAGAGCCAUGCCCAUUUAAAUCUAUGUGAUUUUGGAGGUCUCAAUCACUGGAAUCCAGCAUGAUUUGAUGGAGAUCACAGCAAGGAUCUCUUUGUGCACUGAUGAGCAAGGAGCAGUUGUUAGCAGUUGUUACGGUUGCGGACAAGAAGAUCCAUAUGUAUAAUACAUUAGUCUAUGAAGCUCUAGUUUUUGAGGAGCAUACCAGUUUGGCACUAUGUCACCCUUGGGAGUCCACACACACCAGAGGCACCAGAGAUCUCUCCAGAUUGCUUGGGAGGCACAUCACUUAUAUAACAUUCUUGCAGCAGUUCCGGUCGGAAAUGUGUUAAAGAGUGCCACUGGAGGACAUUUUCAGAGGACUGAGGAAGUUGAUGUGGCUUCGGGUAGGUGUGAGCUUAGAGAUGUGGAACAAGAAUUUGGAGUAGUCUUAGAUCAUGCACAUACACCAGAUUCUCUGUCCAGACUUUUGGACACUGUUGCAGACCUAUGGCCUGCAGACUCGUCUUCGGUAUGCUACUUUUCAAAUGCAUUUUCCUUCAUAUCUUCAGAUUCAUACAUUUGGUUCUUUUACUUCAUGUCGGCAAUACUUAUGUGCUAAAAUGAUUCCUUGUUUGCUCUUAGAUAUCAUACUUCAUGAACUUCUGCUGAAUAACUCAAUUUCCCUGGCUGAUUGUAUUAAAGAUUACAGUCUUGAUACAUUUUCAUGGAAAAUUUUGGAAAAUAAGACUAGUAUCUUUGGCAGGUAGCAAGAGCUAAACGUCUGAUUCAAAUAUGUAGAACAAGGGUCGAGAGUAAUACAUGAUAAAAACAAGUACAUAAAAUCAGGUUGAAUUUUUUCACUUAGUUUCAAAUUUUUACUUAUUUAAGCAAAUAGUAUCAGGCUUUACUCACCGACAAAAUUUUCUCUCCUAGGUCAAGUGUACUUCUACGGUAGUGUUUGGACUUGAGUGUUACAGCUGAAUGGUUGAAUUUUUCCUCACAAUGUAAACCAUUCGUCACACUAAAUGGAUGACAAUAUUUUAUUAAUCAAAGAGGGAAAAAUGGUUCUAGUCUUGCAUUUCAAUGCUUCUCCUAUGAUUUCUUAAUUCUUAUUUGUUAAUCUAGAUUAGUCCUUGACUCUUAUCUAGUAAAAAGUUACACUAUUGUAAUGUAAUUAAAUUUGUCGAGGUUCUUUGGUAGACAUGAACAAGUUUGUGAUAUGUUGGUGCCUUUUCAGUAAUCGAUGACUGGUUUAUUGGCUAUAAUUUGUCAUUUUUCCAUGUAGAUGGUGAGCACUUAUUGCUGUUAUUGGAUGUUGAGAGAAGGAUUGGUUUGGUGCACAUACCUUAUACAUAUGAAUAAAAAUUGAGAAGAAACAUGAUAAUAAAACUACAGUUGUUAUUGUUAUGUUAACUACAGUGCCUUUGUAUGAUUUGUUGGAUAGAUCAUUUUCCCUAUUUUCCUGAUAAAAUUUAAAAAAAGAGAGAAAAAUCAGCAUCAUUGUCAAGAACUCGAAGUUUGGCUUUUUAAGUCAAACAAUUAUUCAUAUUAUGGCAUUUAGUUAAAGUGAAAAUUCAAGCCAUUUUACCCUUCCUUAUAGUAUUUUACUAUUUUAAACAGAAGAAUACUGCUUUGAUACAGUCUUGGAGUUUGGAAGCUUUUUGCUUACUGUUGUUCUGUGUACAGUAUUUUGGAUGUGAAAGUAUAUGUUCAUGUGUGCCACAUGAGAGAGAGUGUGUGUAUAUGUGUGUGUGAGAGAGAGACCUUUGAUGACAAAUUUCAAUGGACAAAGGUUUUGUGGUACUGUUGACAUCUGACAAUCCAGGGAACGAAGAUCCGUGAUGUAUUGAACUUUAGCCUGAAUUUCUGAGACUGAACCCGUUUUAUAUAAUUCAGUCCUGAAUUUUAAUCAGAUUGAUAUAAAAUUGGGAAGGUCUUUUGUUUUCAUUUUAACCUGUGGACAUCUUAAAUGACAUGUUGGCUGGUGUUAGAUGGACCAUGAAAGAUUAUUUGAAACAUGGAGAAAAUUAUUACUACACUACCUUGCUAAAUGGCUAUAGGCUAUAGGCUUUUCUUACAUGACAUCGAAAGAGUUCUCUGUGGGCUGCUAUCACAAUGGUUGAGGAAGGUGAUGUCAUAGUAAGUAGACUUAACCUCGAGUCUAGAAUCAACAGUUUCAGAACCGACAAUUCCAGUUCCUGAAAGUUGGGAACCGAAACCGAACUGCACAGGACCAAUUUCGGUUCGAACCGUUGAUUUUUUAAUUUUUUAAUUUAAAAAUAAUUUAAAAUAGAAAAUUUCAUAAUUUUAUUUCUAGGUUUUGAAUAGUGGAUGUAUAAUGAGUAUGAUGACAGAAAAAAUGAUAGAAAAAAAGUAAAGUUAUAAAAUUAUCAAUCGCUUUCGAUGCUAGUUGCCCUGAUCGUUCCUUCGAUUGAUACCUCAAACUAGUAUUAGUUGUCUUCACGGAUGAUCUCUUAUUAAUGUUUCUCCAUCUUGGUUCAAUCACUGUUGCAUGCUUGAGCCUCAAUUGAUUCAGGGUUCAUACUUGAACAAGUUUCAUCCAAGAUGCAUCCACCAUGCUGAAAGCUUGCUCCAUAGCUACUAUUGACACCAGAGUUGCUAAUAUUUGUCUUGCAAUCAUUGCUAAAAUUAGAAAGGUUAUUGUAUAUCGCACCCACCAUUCAAGAAUUGAAAAUUCUAUACCUAUAGUGUUGUCACGAAACUCAAAAGAAGUGGUUAGAUAAAUUUUAAGCUCAGAGUUCAAGCCUGACGAUUCAGUCAGUUUCUUUUGUUUUUAUAAUAAUAAAAUUUCUCCUUUACUAUUUCUACUACUGCUAACUUUAUCCGUAGAUGGAGACGUUUGGGAGGUAGUUUGUUGUAUAUUGUAAUUUGCACUAUAAUGGUCAUAUAAGUUAAUGAUAAUUUUUUUAUUUCCCUUAUUUUUUCACUAAGAUCAAUAUCUAAUCCUAAACUUUCAUAAUAAAUAGUUAAAUAAUGACUUAGACCAUCUAUUCAAUAACGGGAUUAAAAGCAAAAGCAACAAGAUAAAUCAACGGAAUCUCAAGAAAAUAAUUUGUCCAUUUAAUUUUCAGUAUCAUAAUAGUCAUGAAUCAUGAUCAUAUUCAUAUUCUUCUAAGGCUCCAACAAUAUUAAUAAUCAAAAAAUACAUGAGCAGUAGGAUGAUAAACACCAAAUAAUAUACAAGUAGUAUCAUUAAAAUUGUUUUAAAUUUAUAAAAUGUUUGCACAAAGAUUCUGAAAUUGCGGGUGUAAACUGACUCGUCUCCCAUUAUUUGCAACAAAAGUAAAUAAUGAUUCUUUGUAUUCAAAACUUUCAUUAAGCAAUUCAUAGAAUAAAUUUAUCAAGGAAAAAACAUACAUAGUAAAUAUUUUGGGGUAUGUUGUAAUUUAAUUUGCAAAAUGUAGUUUACUCUUUAUUAUUUGUGGAUGACUUCAUAAGAAUGAGAUAGCUUUCUUAAUAGAAGAAAUAAAAGUUUCAAGAGAUCUAAGGUCUCCUUAUACAUAUAAAUUCAAACCAUGACAAGAACACCUAAUAUGAAAAAAAAACCACCAAAAGCCAGUUGACACACUUUUGUAAUUCAGGAAUAGAAGCAGUAUUUACAAACGCAUUAUCAAAACUAAUUGAAAAAAAUUUAAAAACAAAAUAGUACUCUUCCAAAAUAGUUUUCAUUCUAUAGAUAUUAUCGAUUGUAUGUCGUUCAUCAAAAACUCUAGAUGCUAUAACUCUUUUUUGCAUGGUCCAAUCAUUCGCAAUCUAAUAUCAUGUGAUUCUCAAUUAAAAGUGCAUUUGCCAAUGAUCACUCUAAAUAUCAAAGCAGAUAGAAACACAUCCAUCAAAAGAUCGAAACAAAUUUUGUAAAUCCUCUUUCCCUUUUCUAUAAAGAUUAUGAACAGCACAUGUACGAGGAGAACGAGAAAUACAUCUAGUAACAGGAUUCAAAACAUUUUGACAAUAAUCAACAAAACCAAGUUUUUCAUCAAAACUAAAAGAAAGAUGUUCAGUUUAAACAAAUCUCGCUAAUUCUUUAUGAUUUUUUUCAACAGAAAACUGAAAAGUAUGAUUAGUUGGGUACUUGAAAAUUUGAGUUUGGUUUUCUUUCCUUCUCGGCUUGUUUAGGGUGUUUAUUCUCAAAAUGUUCACAAAAUGUUCUAUAUCCACCUCCUUUGAAUUUGAACAUUUGGGAGCAAUAGUUGCAAAUCACUUGGUUUGAGUCAUCGGUAUUUUAGACCUUCUUGAAAUGAAGCUUAAAGAUGUUCAACUUGAUUGCUUUGGCCAUUGUAUCGACUUCCUUCGACUCGACGGUGAUGUGCUAGCUUUCUUGAGUUGGCAUGAUCGGGCUUCCGGUGUUGUCUUUGGGUGUGAAUGUCUCGGUGAAGUGAUGAUUUCCACUUGCCAUUUGAAUUAAAGAGAGAGCUUAGAAGAGGGAUUACAAAGCGUUAGAGAUCUUAAAAGAGUGUUAUGAAUGCUUAAUCAAAUGAGGAAGAAUGAGGGGCUUGAGUGGUAUUUAUAGGAUUUUAGGAUAUUUUUCUUCCUUAAAAUGUCACCAAAAGUAGUUGUAAUUUAGUUAUCAGAAGGGGUGAAUUUGUAUUUUUUUCAUUUUAUCUAUAUAUAUAAUUAUGAAAUUACCAAAGAACCCCUAAAAAUAGUGUUUAUAUGAUUGUUGGGAGUUUCAAAUUGGUCAUUUGCCCGUCCAACCCUCAAAUGAUCGAUCGCUGGACUGUUAGGGCUCAAACGGACAAUUAAAGCCUAUUUGACUAUUUGUUUUUCUUUUUCAAAUCCAGGAACCACCAGUUUGUACCAGAACCAGAACUGCCAGUUUUGGUUCUCAAGAAAUAGGAACUGUAACCAAACCGCCCAGGCCGGUUCCAGUUCGGCUUGGAACUGGUGAAACAUCGGGCUGGUUUGGUUCGAACCAAACUGUGUCAGGUAUAAUAGUAAGUCUAUUACAAUCCUAUUAUUCUCCUAUCCAAGUUUACAGAAAAAGAAAAGAACAUAUUACUACUUGUUAAGGUCUUUAAUUUUCUUUACCUGAUAAUUACCAUAAUCGAUCAUCAAUAAUCUUAAUCUGGUUACCAUUGAUUGUUUCUUUUUUUUUCCCUUCAUAUAUGUUCAGUUGGACUUAUAUUUGCAUUGCAUUAUAUAUAAGAAAUAACUUUAACCUCUCUUAAUAUAUUUGUGUGUUUUUUUUAUGGAAGUGAAUUUUGAGGGAUGAUGGCUUUGUUCUGUCAAGUCUACUUCCCAUAGAGAGAAUAGGAAAAUCAUCAACAUUUGUAUUUAUGAGACUGGCUGAUUUCCUUCAGUCUAUUGCCAAUUUGGCCAUCGGCUGAUCCCUCUAGUUGUCUUCUGGAAUAACUUUCUUGAGGCUCUUAAACGUUAUUGGCUUUGCAAACUCUGAUGCAAUAUAUUUUGAUCAUCUGAAACAUCUGAUGAUACUUUCUCAUCAUGUAGAUCACUUUUUGCUCUAGAAUUUUCUUUUCUUGAACUAAUAAACCAACUGUUGUAACGCAUUGGUGAUUGGAAAACAUAAAUGCUGCAUUUUGAGCAUCUUUUUUAUGCCUAGGAUAAGUUCCAUCUCAUUGCCUGUUCAAUAAUCUGAUUUUCUCUUGUUUAUGUCAUUGUUUGAAAUAAAAAGAUCCAGUCCUUUGAAGGACAAAAAUUAUUAGAUAGUAGAAAAACUAGACACUUUUCGUAAGGUAAAGUGAAAACAGAGAAGUAGAGCGUAUAAGUUGGUUUCACAACCCUUAGCACUGGCCUUCUUGAGUUUCAUAUUUCUAUGCCUGAAGUUGUUCCUUUCUUCAGCGGCAGAGCUUUUGUGGAAAUCUGAAUAAAGUUUACAAGCUUGUGCUAUUAGAAACAACAUCUACCACCAACAUCCAAGUAAAAAAUUACUUUGUAAUCAGCAUCUGUAGUGGAUACACAGAUUUCAUUCUAAAUAAAGGUUUGCUAUAAAUUAGUGAACUACUUGUAGUGCAGACGUGUACCUGAGUUGCUUGUUGAUUGUGGAGGCAUACUCAUGCUCUAUAUGGCUCUAUAACCCCUUCAUCCCUGUAAAUAAAUGCAUGCCAUCUCACGUAAUUAUCCUCCUCCCUCAGUUUCUCAUGAUUAAGUAGCUGUUCGACAUGUUCUAGUUCUUUACAUUCCUGAACUGACAAAAAAGUUAUGGCAGAUGUCCUCAACCGAUAGCUGUCCAUGCUGAGUGUGGCAGCAGAUUUCAUUCUAAUAGAAGGUUUGCCAUAAAUUAGUGAACUACUUAUAGUCCAGAUACGUAUUGAGUUUCUUGUUGAUGGACUCUAUAACCCUUUCUUCACUGUAAAUAAAUGCAUGCAUACAUUUUGUAGUUCUUUUCGUUUCUGAACUGACAAAAGUUGUGGCAGAUGUCCUCAGGAUAUUUGUCUAUGCUGAGUGUGGUUUUGCAGGUGGUAUGGUGCUCUACAAAAUUUGUACUGAUCUAACUCCUUGGCUUGGUCAAAGUUGUCGUGUUACAUUGUUUCUUUGGAACUAUCCUCGAAAUUCCUCCACAUGUGCUUGCAUAGUAGUGACCAUGCAAUCUGUGGUCGGUGAUUCUUACCCAAAGUUGAUCCUGUGGAAUAUUGUUUACUCAGGGUCCUUAUGCUUUUCUUGUGUUCGUACCUGUGACAGAUUUCUGACACUAAUAAGCAUCUUUGGAUUACCUACUCUGAUGCUGCUAAAUCACAGAUGGGGUAGGCAGGUGGACUUGGCUGCUUGUUUUUGCUCUGGUGAUCAGAAAGGUGUGUAUGCUUGUUUGGUUGGAGAAUUGCCACUAUCUAGUGUGGAAUUUUUUUGUUAAGUCUGCCUGCUGGAUUCUUUGGCCAUAUAAUUAUGUAUAUAAAGAUCAGGUUUGCGCUAACUUUCACUGGAUUGCGCUGAUCUAUUUCCCUCUUGCUAUCAGAAUUGUUGGGUGUGUUGAAUAUGUCACCUUACUUUUCC